AUGGCGCUCUCCGCAUCUCCCUCACCGUCGGCAGCGGUGGCGCGCCUCUCGCAAAUUCCGACCCGCGCCACCGCUGCUACCAAUGCCUUCGUCACCAGUGUUGGCGUGCACCCCAUUGAGCCCAUUCAAGUGGUCGGCCUCAGCUCCGGCGAGGUCUGCCUCUACACUGCCAAGACCGACACCCUCUCGUGGUUUGUGGAAAUGAAUGCCGCACGGCAGGCCCAGCUCCGUGUGGACACCGUCACGGGCUCCACAACGCUGAGAAGCAGCGGCAGUAAAGCGAAUGGCGGCGGUGCUGGUAUUCGACCCGGGGCGCUCGCCCCACCUGAGUACCCCACGAAGGUUCUGUGUUUCAGCACAAGGGCUGGCUUCUCCAUCGUGCACUGCGGCUUCCUGCGCGGGCGUGAAGAGGAUCUCCUGCGUGAGGUAGUGCAGCGGCUGCAGCCGUCCUCGUCGUCGUCGGUUGCUCGUUAUCUUCUCUACGCCAUCACUAGUUCCAAUGACGUGUACGUGGUGGAUGCCAAAACAGAAGUCGUUUUCUUGCACUGGGCCGGUGGUAACUCCGCCAGCGGCUGCGGCAGCUCGUCCUCCGCGUCCUCUGCUUCACCUCUGAACUCGAAGUUCAUCAUCACGCAGGCGGAGACGUACGGGGCGUUGAUUUACCUGACAGUGGCACGUCGUAGCGCUGUGAAGGCCGCUACCGAGCAGGCGGCGAGUCGUUAUUGCCAGCUCUUCAGCGGCGAUGAACUGGAGCGAAAGAUGUACCAGCGUUGCAACGAGCCGGCUGUCUAUGUGCUUCAUCUUGGUUGCACAAGUCCGCUGGCAGCGCCUACUUCCAAGGGACUCCUCGCCGGCGGUGGCGCCUACGUGCUCAAAGCGGUGCCAAAGGAAAGGCCGCACCAGACAAGCGCGCAUCAGGGCGGCAGUGCUGCAUCGGCAAACACCGGCGCGGUGGCGCUGAGCAUUCGCGCCCAUCCCUUGGCGCCGCUGCUGCUGCUGCUGCUGAACGAGUCGGAAGUGCAGGUGUACGCUAUCGACGGCGACGGUGGGGAAGUAACCCCGAAGAAGGCGCAGCUGAUCGUCUCCGCCGCACCAUCGCCAUCACGUUCCUCAGUGCGAUCAGCAAAAUCUCAGCAGCUGCAGCCUAUAAUUGACGCACAAUUCGCUCCCUCCGCCGCCGUCCUGGUGCCGUGCGACGGCGCCAGUCACUCGUCCUCCUCACGCAAGUGGAUCUGCCGCAAUGUGCAAAUCCUUCUCGUGACUCCGACGCGGCUGCGCCUCCUGUGCACGCGGGCCGCCGCCACCACGGCAGGCGUGAGCAGCGCGGACGUUGGCGGCAUCGUAGCCACGGAUCGUGCCUUCUACACCUCGCCGCUCACAUCCGCAGCGACGUCCUCGCCAGCGGUAGCGGCCUCACGCGUCACAUUUGUGCGUGUGUGGACGUGGCUGGGGUCUCCUGACACCUUUUUUGCUCUACAGAGCGACCGGGUGCUCGUGGAGUUGUCGUGCAAUGACUUCAUCUCGGCCAGCAUGAAGGUGCUAUCAGUGCGCAGUCGCCGCCUCCUUCCACCACACACGGUGACGUGGCUGGCCAGUGGCAGCUUCGUGGAGGACGCGGGGAACUCAGCAAGCGUGAAGAACUGGCGGCUCACCCCAUCCUCACCGGCUAUGAACCGCGUAGAUGACUGUGUCACAGCUGCUGAUGGUGGUCGUGCUGCGGGGCUGUCCUGUGUGCAGUGGCCCGAUGUGUUGCCGCUGUGGGAACGCAGUGCCAUACUGAACGGCGCCUUUGCCCCCUUCCUACCGGCCACUCACAGUGAGGACCCACACACGCUGAUCUUCUCCCGCCUCACAGGGCUCAUUCGAGGCAGCGCUGCUACACGUGGAGAAGAGGCGAAGGCAGAGUCAGACGCUGGGGACGACACCAGCGCAGGCAGCGACGUCUUUCACCUCUCGCUGCUGGCAGACACCGACACUGUCAGCAGUCGUUGCAUCUGCGUCCGUCUGUGCCUGACCCCGAAGCCUUCGCUCACGUCCAUAUCCACAGCUGCCCGACCGGGUCGGACGCUGCAUCCGAACCAGGAGAGCGUGAAUGUGAGCGUUGCUCGACUUCUGUGCAACUCCACCGGACCGUUGCUCUUGGGGCUUGAGCACGGCUUCUACUUUGUCGGCAGCCGCACCGAGAGCGCCUAUGCGGAUUAUCCCUUCCUCAUCGCCGGUCUGCUUUAUCUUGACAGCCUCGUAGAGAGUGAGGUCAGCGGUGACUGCGCCGGCCGCGCGGCGCGCCUGCGUGCUGCCAUGGUAUGCCUGCCUGCAGACAAACAUGCCCUGCGUCGACUGUACAAGCUAGCACGCCAAAGCCCAGAGGGCGACAAGCAGGGCAACCUCGCAGGCAUCGCCGUCGCGCCAACCAGCGAGCUCAAGCGCGCCGUCCUGCAAGCGGUGCAGCGCACGCAGAUUCACCCGCUGCCUGUACCUCAGCUCGAUUUCGAGGGAUGCCGGUCGUCGUCUGCCCCGCUCGCGAAGCAGCUGCUGGGCUGCGCCUUCCAGCUAAGCAACGACGGCGUGGUCCCGUGUGUGUGGAGCCUGUGGGCACCGCUACCAGAGGCGGCCUUAACGUCGUCCUCGAAGCCUGCCGCGACGGCGCCACCGUCACACCAGCAGCCGGUGCAGCUCAUCAUGCAGUCUUACUACGUUGCCGCGGACACGCAGGAGCUGCGCUGGCGGCCGCCUGAGCUGGUGUAUAUGGACGACCUGCUGGUCGCAAACCCAUCUCAAGUCUUUACCCUCAGCAGUGUUUUGGCGAACGCGUCCACUAGUGUCUCAUGGGCGUCCGCCGCAGCAGCGGUACCUCCGCCAUACAAAUCCGUCGAGGACAUCCUCCUCGACAUCGACCCUGCCGUGGUGACGCGGCUGUUCCUGUACUACGCUGACCGCAAGGUAUUGGUGCUCGCCACGGUCGAGACAGGCAGCAGAAGUCGCAACCGCACCGAGGCAGGCGGCGUGAUGGACGACAUGUACAACUUCGCCAGCCGCGCCACCAACGGACGAUUCAUGGGAGGGAAGCUCUUCACAGGUGGGCAAGACGACGCUGUCGGUGAGAAUCGACAGCGUCUCUGCCUGAUACCGCACGCCGCGGCGGAGAUGAAUCAAUGGAAGGCGGACAAUACCGCCGAGUCCCUGAGCUGCUCGCUGCUGGCGUCCGUGCAGCUGAGCGCGGUAAUGGUGAGCGACCAUGGUGAUCCUGCCCUGCAGGUCGCAGUCGUGUCGCGCCGCUUUGGCGUGGCACUGGCGGUGUUCCCACUGCCAGGACGCCGUGGUGUCGCCCGCGUGUCGGCGUCACUUCUGCCGGUGCAAGUGCAUCUAUGCCGCCGCUGGGAUGAACUGCUGUGCGUGAAGCCCGCGGUAAACACCCAGCUGGAGGAAAGCGAAGGCGGCCGGAGCGACGCCAGUGCCAUCGGAGGAGGAAUCCCUAACUCGGUGUCGACAUCCCCUCUGGUGCGCCGGUAUAGAGCUUGGGUGGACACGGUGACACACUCGGCGUCGACGUACGCCUCGGUGCCGCUAGCACUGUGGGUGUGGUCACCGGCGUGGCCAGGGGAAGACGAGGUGAAAGGCGAGAAAGCCACUUCAGCAGCUGCAGCAGCGAGCCCAGUGCUCCUUCUCCAGCGUGGGCUUGCGCUCUACGUGCUGCACGUCCGUGGCGCUGCUGUGCAAAUGUGCGCCUCCCUGCCGCACUGCUCACCCCUGCAAGUGGUGCCCUGCACAUCGACGGUGGCGGCAGGUGGAAGGAGGGAACUCUAUCUCCAGCAUAGCACCCACCUCUCUUUGGUUGCACGUAGCCGACUACUGCGGCAGCUGCAGCUGCAAUACACCCGGUACAGCAGCACGCCCAUCCCCGCGCCAGCAGCAAAAGGCGGCAAAGCGAAGUGGUUCAAGAAGUUCGUGCACCACGCACGAUCCAGCACCGCUGCGCGACUGCGACUGAAGGAGCAGCCGCACAUAGUGGAGUGGCUGCAGCGCGUCUACGCCCCGGCGGUAAGCGACCUCGCCUACGAGUCCCCUUCCCAGUCUUCGGGCUCUGCGGAAUCGACGCAGAUGAGCGCGGUGCUGUGGCAGCUGACAGGUACCGGCACCACGCACAUCGGUAGCGUGCUCCACGUGAACGUGACUCAUUUGCUUCGCCUGACGACACUUGCGGUAGAGGCGCUGGUGGCCAGUCAAGCCAUGCAACAGCUCGUCGUCUCUGCAGGAACGCUGACUGCCUCGCUGCAGCAGAACCUGCAGCACAUCACAACCGUCUUGGAGCGUAACAACGAUGGAGACGACGACGACGACGGUGUAGCCGAGCCGAGGACUCUGCGGGGCAGCUGGGCUGUGGCGGAGGCACUGGCUCGACUGCCGCUGGCCUGUGUGACCUGGGCUCUGUCCCAGGAAGCCGUGCACGCUGCUGCACAAGCCGCGGCGCCGUCUAACGUAGCGCGCGAAGGGGUGCGGGACCCGUCGCGGCAGAGUUGCGCGUCAGCGGUACGGCGGUGGUGGUGGCUCGUGAUGCGCUCCAGCUCCCUCGUCUUGGCUGUGAAUAGGGCACACGCAGAGGAAGCGCAUCGAGCGCUGAAUCAUGUCCUCGAUGUAAUCCCUGUCAACUCUGCGUUUCUACAGCCUAUGUCGAUGGCUGCCGGUGCCUCUUCGCCACCAACGUUGCGCAGAGAUAACCGUGAUGAGGCCGAGGCAGUGGGUGCUGUGACACAGGCACUCCUACUGUGCUCGCCGAAGCUUAUGCCGCACAGCGUGCCGCAGCUCCUGCAAUUCAGCGAUGGCAGCAGCGCCUCUGUAUCAUCGCUGCUGCAGCAGCAGCAAAAGCGUCUUCAUGCGGCCGUGGCAGCAGCGCUUGAAACGCUCGGCGCCAAGGACAGCGAGGCGGGUGCCGAUGAAACGGCUCCUCUCGCCUCGCUCUUCUCGACGGUCGGCAUGGAUGGCGUGCACUGGACGCACGCGGUGUACUACACAAAUCUGCUUGGGCAUCUGCGUCACCUCGCGUCACCGGAGGCGGCGAUGGAGAUGCCUGUGCGUGAGUUCGCGUCACAGUGCAUUAAGAGCGCCGACGACGCUGUGGAGAGCGCUGCCGCAGCGAUGCUCGAAGUCGCCACUGAGAUCGUCGGGGUUUUGCUUGGUGACGUGGUCGAUGUCUCGGCGGCGUCGCGCUCGCGUAUGGCGACGGCCGUGGCGCAGAGCAUGUGCAAAAGACAUCAAGCGCUGCAGCAGCGUCACACUGGGGUGUCGAAGGGAGCCGCUGGUCGCAGCGCUGGGGCAACGGACGGGCCGCCGAUGGAGGAAGACGCGUACUUCCUCGAGCACAUUCCGGUGGAUACGCUGCGGCACUGCCUCUACGAGUCCCAGUGGCGAGACUUAUAUGGUACCUUUGCAUACCCAACCCGCUACUUCUUUCGCUCAACCAUGAGGGUCCGUACAGGGAAGCCGGCAGAGUCCGCCGUCGUGACAGCAGCGCCGCUGCACUACACUGCGGCUGAUCUACCGUAUCAAGUGCUUUACGAUUCACACAAUACAGCAGCCAUGCAGAGGAUACAAACGCCACACGCAGACCCGAAUGCGCCUGGCGCUAUGGCGGCUACCAGCGGGCUCAAUGAUGGGCAAAGACGCGUGAUGAAUGUGCUCCUGACAGAGCAGUCGGCGGCUAGUGGCAGUGCCGCGGUGGCUCCUCAGGCCGUGGAGCUGCUGCCCACGUCAUCCACACCCAGGUUUUCGCUGGAGCUCGGUGGAGAGCAGCACAGCGGCAGUACACAGCAGCAGUCCACUCCGCUGUCCCCCCGAACCGCAAUCGCCAAGGAAGAGGACGCCCUACACGUGGCAUACCGCGACGCCUUUGCGGCAGAAGAUGAGAAGGAAGCCCAGGCAAGAGCGCAGCAACAGCAGUGGUCGAAUAGCGCCGGCUAUAACCUGCACAACGACCCCCUCCUGCAGGAAUUUAAAGCCUGGCUCAACGCCCAAGGCACAGAGGAGACCGUGAGCGCCUCCACCACACAGCGGCGCAAGCAGCAGGACGAUGAGCGUCAGUGGGUGCCAAGCCCAUCGGCCUUCGCCUCAUCCACAAGACGCGUUGCACGCGAUCACGGAGACCCCGCCGCCCCUGGGAUCACCACCGGUAGCGCAGGUGCAACGGAGGUAGAGGCUGUCUCCGCCCGCCUGUAUGACCCUGGGCCGACCCAGCAAGAGCUCUUUACGCGAUUCAUGUCGGAUGACUGA